GUGCGGUUUUAAUUGACAAUUCAAAAAAUUCGCGCUAUUUUGACUGUUUUGCAAGCAUCGCGGUUGAAUGCUGAUUUUUAUUUAUUAAACGAAAUUUAGUUAAAUCAAAUAUUGUAUUUUAGGCUAUGAGUGGAACGGGCGGAAAAAGGAAGUUUGACAACUCUAAGCCGCAGAGUGGGAAAAACAAUGGAUUUCCAAAUAAGAAGCAACGUAAUUAUAAUGAUGAUGACGACGAUGUUGGAAAUGAAUUCGAAGCAGAGUUAGCAGCAUUUGAUUCCGAAGAUUUUGACCAAACUCAACUUUUUGGUGAAGGGCCAGAAAAUCAGCAAACUUCAAUAAAAUGGUCUCGUGUUGAUCCUCCAGAACUAGACCCAGAGACCGAUUCGCUGACUUUUCAACAGAUUGAUAUAGAAAACUAUACUGGUGCUCCGUUACCAGGUAUGCCGGGAUCCCAAAUUGGUCCAGUUCCGAUUAUACGCAUGUAUGGAAUCACUAUGGAAGGAAAUUCUGUGUGUUGCCAUGUUCAUGGCUUUUGCCCAUACUUUUAUAUAUCAGCUCCACGCCAGUUUGAACAAGCUGACUGUCACGAAUUUCGAACUGCAUUAAAUAAAAAAGUGCUGGCUGAUAUGCGCAGCAACAAGGAAAAUGUACAGGAAGCGGUGUUGCAAGUACAGUUGGUGGAACGCAUGAACAUAUAUGGUUAUCAAGGCGAUGAAAUGCAGCGCUUUAUAAAAAUCACUGUAUCAAUGCAAAAAUUCGUGGCGGCUUCCUCUCGUCUACUAAAGAAGGAAAUUAUUUAUGAUAAGUUCGAUUUUCAAGAUUGUGGUGCUUUUGAAAAUAAUAUAGAUUUUGACAUACGGUUUAUGGUUGAAACUGGAGUAGUUGGCUGCAAUUGGAUAGAAUUGCCAGCUGGAAGUUGGCGUUUUCGCCAUCGUAAUUCAAAACCAUUGCCUGAAUCUCGUUGCCAAUUAGAAGUUGAUGUUGCUUUUGAUAAAUUUAUUUCGCAUGAACCUGAGGGCGAGUGGUCCAAAGUAGCACCGUUUCGUAUCUUAUCUUUUGAUAUUGAAUGUGCUGGACGUAAAGGUAUUUUUCCAGAAGCCAAAAUGGAUCCAGUAAUUCAAAUUGCGAAUAUGGUUAUUAGACAAGGUGAUCCAGAGCCUUUUAUAAGAAAUGUUUUCACGCUAAAAACAUGUGCACCUAUAGUUGGAUCACAGGUUUUAUGUUUUGACAAAGAAACGGAUUUACUUGAUGCUUGGUCAAAUUUUGUACGUGAAGUAGAUCCAGAUAUACUCACUGGCUAUAAUAUUAAUAAUUUCGAUAUACCAUAUUUGAUUAAUCGAGCAGCUCAUCUAAAUGUUAGAAAUUUUGAAUACCUUGGGCGGAUUAAAAAUAUACGUUCUGUUAUAAAGGAACAAGUAUUGCAAUCUAAGCAGAUGGGCAAAAGAGAAAAUAAAUACGUGAAUUUUGAAGGGCGUGUGCCUUUUGAUUUAUUAUUUGUGCUUUUGCGAGAUUAUAAACUGCGUUCCUAUACGCUCAAUGCAGUCAGUUAUCACUUUCUGCAGCAACAAAAAGAAGAUGUACAUCACAGUAUUAUCACCGAUUUGCAAAAUGGGGACGAUCAGACUCGUCGCCGUCUGGGUAUGUAUUGCUUGAAAGACGCUUAUUUACCCUUGCGUUUGCUCGAAAAACUAAUGUCUAUUGUAAAUUAUAUGGAAAUGGCUAGAGUAACGGGUGUAACAUUGGAAUCGUUACUCACCCGUGGCCAACAAAUCAAAGUGUUAAGUCAAUUGCUUCGAAAAGCUAAAACUAAAAACUUUAUUAUGCCUUCGUAUACGUCACAAGGUUCUGAUGAGCAAUAUGAAGGAGCGACGGUUAUUGAACCAAAAAGGGGCUAUUAUGCAGAUCCAAUUUCAACUUUAGAUUUUGCCUCUCUGUACCCGAGUAUAAUGAUGGCACAUAAUUUAUGUUACACAACAUUACUGCGUCCAGGUUUUGUGGAGAAAUUGAAUUUAGACUCCGACCAGUUUGAGCGCACUCCCGCCAAUAAUGCUUUUGUAAAAGCUGAGGUACGACGCGGGUUGCUACCAGAAAUAUUGGAAUCGCUAUUGGCGGCUAGAAAAAAAGCAAAAAAUGAUUUGAAAGUGGAAACAGAUCCCUUUAAACAAAAAGUGCUCGAUGGUCGACAAUUGGCAUUAAAAAUAUCAGCAAAUUCUGUUUAUGGGUUUACAGGGGCUCAAGUUGGCAAACUACCAUGUUUGGAAAUAUCAGGAAGUGUUACUGCUUAUGGAAGAACUAUGAUAGAGAUGACAAAAAAUGAAGUUGAAUCACACUACACUCGUGAAAAUGGCUAUGAAAACGAUGCUGUAGUUAUAUAUGGAGAUACAGAUUCCGUUAUGGUAAAUUUUGGAGUUAAGACUUUAGAACGAAGUAUGGAAUUAGGUCGCGAAGCUGCGGCAUUAGUUAGUUCAAAAUUUGUUCGACCAAUUAAAUUGGAGUUUGAAAAGGUCUACUUCCCUUAUUUAUUAAUUAAUAAGAAACGCUAUGCUGGCUUAUAUUUCACACGUGUGGACAAGUAUGACAAAAUGGAUUGCAAAGGAAUUGAAACUGUGCGCAGGGAUAAUUCUCCUCUGGUUGCAAACUUAAUGAAUACAUGUCUACAAAAACUGCUUAUUGAACGUAAUCCAGACGGCGCAGUUGAAUAUGCUAAACAAGUUAUUUCCGAUCUGUUGUGCAACCGUAUAGAUAUAUCGCAGUUGGUUAUAACAAAAGAGUUAACGAAGACAAGUGAAGAUUAUGCCGCCAAGCAAGCACAUGUUGAACUGGCUAAAAAAAUGGCCAAACGUGAUGCUGGGACUGCACCAAAAUUAGGUGAUCGAGUGCCUUACGUUAUUUGCGCUGCAACAAAGAAUACUCCAGCAUACCAAAAAGCAGAGGACCCACUGUUUGUACUUGAAAAUUGUGUCCCUAUUGAUUCAAAUUAUUACUUAGAACAGCAGUUAUCUAAACCUCUAUUAAGAAUUUUUGAGCCCAUUUUAGGCGAUAAAGCAGAAUCCGUCUUACUAAAGGGUGAGCAUACUCGCACACGUACUGUAGUAACUUCGAAGGUUGGUGGUUUAGCCGGAUUUAUGACCAAAAAGACAUCUUGUCUGGGAUGUAAAGCUUUGAUGCCGAAAGGUUAUGAAAAUGCAGCAUUGUGUCCUCAUUGUGAACCUAAAAUGAGUCAACUUUAUCAAAAAGAAGUUAUUGCUAAACAAUCACUGGAAGAGACUUUUUCAAGACUUUGGACAGAAUGCCAGCGUUGUCAAGGAUCAUUGCAUGAAGAAGUUAUAUGCAGCAACAGAGAUUGCCCAAUUUUUUAUAUGAGACAAAAAGUACGCAUGGAAUUAGAUACGCAAGAAAAACGUGUAAGAAGGUAUGGUUUACCGGAAUGGUAAACUACACAAAAUUGUUUUUAAUCGUUAAAGAUAAAUAAAUUCUACAUUAUACAUU